UUUAUUUUAAUUUUGAAAGCGUUAUCGGGCAAUUUAAGUAAUUACAGGGCAAAUCUAAGCUAUCACACUUUCUUCAGCUCUGGUUGAUUCAGUGAUUUUAGCAGCCUGCCGGCAUUUGAACAAAUCCGUGUUUAAACUUGACUCGAUGUUGUAACCAGUUUUGUACAUUUAAGAGUUGCUUCCUGUAUCCUGGUCGCUUCCCUUUUCACUGGGGGAGCUAACAGACUGUACCAUUUUCGUACAGGGUACGCUUUGAUUUUUAAUUAUUAUCCUGCGUUAUAAAAAUGACUUUAUUGAAAAAUACUAGAGCUAAGAGUCUAAUUAAAAUAUUUAAUUGGGGGAAAUGGCGGUUAAUUAUGUGUUAUUUCUGUUCUGAAAAAUCCAGACACACAAUUCAAACCAGGGCACCCCUUCAGCGUAGCCUGUUGCCAUGUUUCCACUUUCAUGGGUGUGGUGAUUAGCUUGCUUGGAGAAAUUUUUGACAAAUCUGGCCACAGUGGCGCCAGCCCCAAAGCCUGGAAACCCCUCAAAUUCACUCAACACGACCUUCUUUGCGAUUUCCCCCGCCUCACAGCUGUGACUAUGGUCAUCUUGUGAAAACGGACUGGCGUGACACGGACUAUAAGGACGCGCACGGCUCAGGGAGGAGGACAAAAAGGCUGUUUUUUCAGGUGUCAGCUAGCAAGAGAGUGAGGAGUACCUGUCUGUCUGUGGGUGUGUAUACAAGAGCUUGUGUAUUCAGUCACGUGGAUUUUCCUCGCUCAGUCAGCGUUUGGUGUGGAGUGUGACCUGAACAAUGAGUGAGCUGGAACAGUUGCGGCAGGAGGCAGAUCAGCUACGCAAUCAGAUCCGGGAUGCCAGAAAAGCCUGCAGUGACUCUACUUUGUCACAGAUCACAGCUGGUCUGGACUCAGUGGGCCGGAUACAGAUGCGGACAAGACGCACUCUCAGGGGCCACCUGGCCAAGAUCUAUGCAAUGCAUUGGGGGAGUGACUCCAGGCUUCUUGUCAGUGCCUCGCAAGAUGGAAAGCUAAUCAUCUGGGACAGUUACACCACAAAUAAGAUGCAUGCCAUCCCUCUCCGCUCUUCCUGGGUGAUGACGUGCGCCUAUGCCCCCUCUGGGAACUAUGUGGCCUGUGGCGGCCUGGACAACAUCUGUUCCAUAUACAGCCUGAAGACCCGUGAGGGCAGUGUGCGUGUCACCCGGGAGCUGCCGGGACAUACAGGUUAUUUGUCCUGUUGUCGCUUCUUGGAUGACAACCAGAUACUGACCAGCUCUGGAGACACCACUUGCGCAUUAUGGGACAUAGAGACGGGCCAGCAGGCCACAACCUUCACUGGCCACACUGGGGAUGUGAUGAGCUUGUCGCUCAGUCCGGACUACAAGACCUUUGUUUCUGGAGCCUGUGAUGCCACCUCAAAGCUGUGGGACAUCCGUGAUGGCAUGUGCAGGCAGUCUUUCACUGGCCAUGUGUCCGACAUCAACGCUGUCACUUUUUUCCCCAAUGGAAAUGCCUUUGGCACAGGCUCAGACGACGCCACCUGCAGGCUGUUUGACCUGCGAGCUGACCAGGAGCUGAUGAUGUACAGCCACGACAACAUCAUUUGCGGCAUCACAUCCGUGGCUUUCUCCAAGAGCGGCCGUCUGCUGCUGGCCGGCUACGACGACUUCAACUGCAACGUCUGGGACACUCUGAAAGGCGAACGGGCAGGCAUGCUCGCGGGCCACGACAAUAGGGUGAGCUGCUUGGGUGUGACUGAGGAUGGCAUGGCCGUGGGCACCGGCUCCUGGGACAGUUUCCUGCGGAUCUGGAACUAAACUCCUCUGGGCUGUCCUCCAUCAGCGCCUGCCAACCCCCCCUCCCAACAUAAACACACGCACACACUUCUCCCCACCCAAACCCCACACCUUUACCCCCCACUCAACGUAACAUGACUCAUGCAGGGCUGGUGUUUAAGGAGUGUACAGUGUCAGCCCUCUAAACAAUCUUUUUACUUUUUGAUUCCCCAACACAACAACCUGAAUGAAUACGUUCAAGCAGUCCCAUCAAAAACAGUUGAGGGAUAAAUUACAAAAAAAACCCAAAACAUCUUAUUCGAUAAUUAUGCGUGUCAUUUGUAAAUUUAUAUAUAAAAGACAGUAUAUAUGUAUAGCAUUAUGUGUGUGUUUAUAUACGUAUGCAUAAUAUAUGCAUAUAUAAUGUUGAUAUUUUUAAUUUCAGUUUUUUUUUUUUUUUUUUUUUUUUUUUUCCUAAAUCAUUUUCGGGGUUUGUUUUUUUUCUGCUUACUCCCAUCAUGAUACGGCCAAGUGGCAAAAAACUCUCGGGCUGUGCUGCGGGACAGAAGUGCUCCACAGAGAACGUGAUGAUAUGCGUCUGUGGACAUGACGAGUGUCCCUGGAAACGUCCAAUGAUGUUUAGAGGAAGAGGACCUGGCAUUCGUCAGCACGGGAAGGAGCUCGCCACGCAUGUUUAGAGGGAGUCUGCGAUCUAGUCAAUGGAGCAAUGAGGUGGGUCAUAAGUUAAGCAUCCAGACUCAAGGACAGCCUUUCCCAAACGUUGUCAAGACCCAAUUUAGACAUGUACUUUCAUGACAUGGACAUACAGCAUACUAGGGGUGGGAAUCGUGAACAAACCAGUCGGAAAUUGAUGGAUUUUGUACCCUUUUGUAACCUUGGGUGAUGGUGGCAAAUACUGAGAUCACAUUAAGUGUCAAGAGUACUUCGGGGAAGCUAUAAUAUUAAUAUUUGACACUUCUGUAUCAAACUAGAGCUGCAGUAGUAUAAAAAUAUCAUCAUCCAAUAGUCUCAACUUUAUUUGCAGAGCACUUAAAAAAAUAAAAAAUUAAAAAAAUCUAAAUAAAUCAAAAUUGAACCUAAAAAGAUUAUAAACAAAACAAUAAAUUUACAAACAAAACAAAUGAGGGCAGCGCGUCUCAGUGACCAAAAUAAUCACGGUUGCGCAAAUAAGUGUUAACAAUAAAUGGCACAUACAUUCACCUAAAACACUUUUGCGCUAUUUUCGAUAAUUACGAUAGAAUAUAAAGUGGUAAUACCAAUGUUUGAAAAUGUAUCAUCAUGGGUUAUCGAGAAAUGUGUACCUUUUUUAGAGAAAACAUUUUAAAUAUUUGGUCCCACUGAUUAAAAUAAACUACACAAUAAUUUAUAACGUAUCAUAGCUUUGAGAGAAUUCACUGGACCAAAACCCAACCAAAAAAGAAAUCGUGCUGCUUGGAGCAUUCUCUAACAAUCCCAAGUCAAUCAAAAUGGAACCAUGGGCCAUUUGGGGCUCGGGUUUCCUACAGGAGAUGGUGAUUUUUCAACUCAAGUUUUUACAAAUCAGCAAUCUAGACAAGUUAUCCUAGUACAAGGCUCUCUCUCUCUCUCUCUCUGUGUGUGUGUGUGUGUGUGUGUGUGUGUGUGUGUGUCUUUGACUGUGGAGCCUCUGGAGCACACAGAGUGGUGUGGACCAUCAUCACCAAGAACUACAGCGACUAGUUAGCAGUCAUCUUUUUUACUUUUACAAAGAAAACAAAUGAAGUAACAACAAGUCCUGGUUGUGAACAGCGUGGACCUGAAGUCAUGUGCCACAAAAAAAAAAAUCUUUGAACACUUUCAGUGCUUUGUUUAGUUUCUUCACCAAAAAAAAACUUUGAACUGUUAAUACUACAAGUGGACAACAUGUAGAAGAGAAACGCGAGGAAUGCACUCACAAACUGCAGUUCAACAACUGAGCACGUGUGACUUCACUUCCAACAGGGGUGGGGAACCUAUCUAAAGAUAAAACGGAGGAACUAUAAUUAAAAAAAAACUGAACCCACCCACAAAUGCUAAAAAAUAACCGUAAUGGCAUAAAAAAAUGUUUUCAAAAUGUUGGUAUGGUCCUCAGGACUCUGUAUAAUAGGCAAGAGGUUCCCCACCCCUGAUUUACACACAAUGUUCCCCCUUUUUUGCUUCCACUGUGGCUCUCCUAAAGCAGAGCUUCUCAACUGGUCUCCCCUGUAACCCCAGUUUUUACAUGGCCAUUAAGUUGCUCCCAGCUUUUAUACUUAUCAAACCCAGCAUAUAUAUAUACAUCCAUUUCCCCCAAGGCAUAUACCUGUAUGAGGUAUCUCACGGCACACCACCAAACAAAAAAUGUCACCGAAGGUGUACUGUUUCAGGGGUGUCAAACUCCUUUUUGUCGUGGGCCACACAGUAGUUAUGGUUCCUCUUAGAGGGCCAUUAUGAUUGUGAAACCAAAUUAAGUAUAAGUGUAAUGACCUCAUAUUACAUAAUUUUUUUAAAAAUUAAUAACUAGUUUUGAAAUAUGAAGUUAAAGGAAACAAUUUGUUCAACUUAAUUUAUUGUUUAAAAAAAAAAAAAAAAAUUUGGUCACAAAAAAUGUUUGUAAUCUCAGCAUUAUUAAUUGUGAAACACAUUUUAGCAAGAAACAUGAAGUCGAUGCACAUGAAUUGCUUUCAUGGGCCACAGAAAAUGAGGUGGCGGGCCGCAUCUGGGUCCCGGGACUUGACUUCGACACCUAUGCUGUAUAUACACUGAAAUAAUCAUGAUCUUGUCUCAAUUUCCUCACAAAUGCUCAAGAGUGAAAUUCGGUCCUGUUGAGUUGACCACAAAGCUGUUUUUCUGUUGUAUGAAUGACAACCAGUGGAUACACAGGUUAAUUGUACCUUCUGCCAUCUAGUGGAAGAGCAUUUUAUUGUUCUAUCCGUCAUAGGCAGCCACAUAUAAAGACAAAGACACAAUAUUUGUAGUGAAUAAUUUUUAAACCAAUAAAGUGAAUUUGGAUAAUGUGCAACAACCAACCUGAUGAUCUCUCAUGGCACACUAAUCUAAAUAACUGCAUGUUAAAAGCGCAUUUCAGAGCAGAUUCUUAAAGAUCUAAGGACCAAACUAAAACGAAAUAUCAAAAUUGCAGAAAAUAAGGCCACAAUUAAAAAAUAUCAAAACUGCUCACAUUAACCCACACUGGGGAUUGUGUCCACUUUUUAAAAAUUGCUAAUGUACAAAAAUCGACAUUUAAAAUGUCAUUUCUUGCUUCCAACACCAGAGCGCAGUCGAAUUGGACACACUUGAUGCACAUGUGACAUCAAUAGCUGUAUUAUAAUUUAGUUUUUAAAUCACUCCACCAGUUGAGAAGCACUGCGCUUUAAAAAAAAAAAAAAAAAGCUUGACAUUAAGUUGUUGGACCUAUCAUGUGUCAUCUCAGGUGCCUGUGUCCAAACAUCGGACGCUUUCUGCCUUGCAUCCGCCUCCAUCACCACAAAGCAAAGCCUUGACUAAGAAAGGCUCGUACUUUUCCACUGGCCCAUUUGAAGCACACGGUUACCCUCGUGAACACGAACGCGCACUUAUAGUCAGCAAACACGAGCCUGUGCAGAAUCCUUCGACUUCUUAAACUUUUUGGUACAAUUUUAUGCUUUGUGACAAUUCGUUAUGGUUCAUUCCAUGAACAUACCAGGACUUUAUAGCGACCUUUGUGUUUCUUUGCCUAAUAAUGCAGUGGUUCUCAAAUGUGUGUGUGUGUGUGUGUGUGUUUGUGCGCGCGCGCACACACCAAGUAGCACCUAAAAAAAAUAUAUUUUUUAAAUACUUUGCUAGUCCCACCAUCAUGACCAGCAUUAAAACACAGUAGCGUAGUUGUUAAUCAAAAUUGAGGCACGGGUUUUGUUCCUAAAAGGCAUUUAAUAUUGUAAGUCACUGUAACAUUAUGCAAUUUCAACAUUAACACUGCUUAAAUAUAGGAAAAUUAAAAAAUACUGUACUGAUCCAGUUAAAAUGCAUUGCACAUAAAUUGUACCUAAAUGUUGGCAAAAAACAAAGAUUAUAAGCAAAUAUUGAGCUGAAGUUAAAUACAACCGAGCUCUACUCACGCAGUGAUUAUUUUGUGUUCCAGUAGAGCGAGCCUCUUUACUACUGCCACACUUUGAGGAUCGCUGCAUUAAUGUGUUUAUUUGAACAGAAUGAUAACCAAAUAGUUAUCUUGGGAAUCUCUGAGGUGUCUAGGAUGUGAUAUGUGUACGUGUGAGCACGCCUAACUUUUAGACUGACUCAUUUGUGCCCAUGUCAUUCAUGGACCCUGAGCUGUGGUAUUUGCUACAGAAUGCUAACAUGCAACGGUGUAAAGCAGUGUUUCCCAGCUUUUAUUGAGCCAAGGCACAUAUUUUACAUUAGAAAAACUCAAAAAUGUUACCUUCACUUCACCUUCUGCCAUUUAGUGGAAGAGUAGUUAAUUAUUCUGCCUGUCACUAUACAUCCCUGACAGAUAGUUAACAAACAUAAAUUUGUUUGAAAAAAAAAAAAAAAAAAAAAAAAACUUCACGCAGCUCACUGGUUAGGAAUCAUUGCUUUAAAAAGUUUUUUUGUGAAAACCGUCUGUACCGCUGUUAGCUUGCAGCCAGUUAGCCUAGCUUAGCACAAAACAACCUUUCACCCCAGCGCCUCUAACGUAAACAAAUGAAUGUCUUACGGUGAAACCGCCAAAGUCGCUGAAGUUGUUACCAUUUCUUUUAUAAUAAAACUAAAAGCAAAACGAGUAACCUUUUGAAUACGUAACCAAGAUGGAACAGGAAGAGCUGCUUCAUGCUAAUCAUUGGCAUCUGCGCUGCUAAAUAUUGUAGUCAGACCCUUUGCGACCUCACAAUCUGGUCAAUUUGAUGCUUUAUAGCGAUCAUAUUUACCCUCUGUGGUGGAACUUUGUGUCUGUUAGACUUUGGAGAUAAAUUGUUUCAUUUGGUUUUAAUGAGUAACAACUAGUUUACUAGCACUGCUUGCUCGCUAAGCUAACCAGCUCAUUUAUAGCCACGUCAACAACACCAAAACAAUAUUCGGCGCGUAAAAUGUUUCCCAAUUGACUUCCUUUACGGCUUUACUUUCGCUUCACCUUUGUCUGGAAUGAAAUUUGACCUUCUGAGCAGCGCACUAAGUGUAAAUGGGCUCAUUUCUGUUGCCAGUGAUUAUUCAGCAAGCCGACGACCAUCAGAGUACACAGCUGUUCAACAACAAAAGGUGCUAAGUUUGAUUUAAUUUCACACUUUUGUAUGUUCUCAAUGUUAGAGUACAGAUUUAGAUUAUGGAGCUGUCAAAACCGCUUGUUUGGGGCGCAGGUACCACAGCCUAAAUAACAAUACUGUAGUUUUCUAUGUGGACACGUCUCAACCUCAGUGCCAACAUAAAGUAUAACUUUCGAGUUAUUCAACAUGACAAAAACAUGGAGUGCCAUUACCCACAAACCCCCACGGCCACCGCACUAUCACAAAUAAUGCACUGUCUUUUUAACUCUACGUUGCUUAAUCUCCUAUUUAUUGGUUCAUGUUGUAAGCCAGUAAUGACCAGGGACUUGGUGCCAUGAUAAUGCUCCUACUGUGCUAGUAUGUGAAAUAAUCACUUAUGGGAUAAUUUUUAUAGUCUUUUUCACACCAGAUCUUUUUUUGUUUUGUUUUUUGUAUUUGUACAGUGGCUUGGUGAUACUGAUAUGUUGCCAUGAGUUAUUGUAAUCAAUAAAAUAAAAAGGCUUUUGACAAAAGAAGUCUA